AUGCGAUGGGGGGGGGACCAGUUUCAUAAAUUUGGCCAACGCAUUGGACAGCUGCGGAGACAGCAAGAGAGAUUCCAUGAUGUAACGGAUCAGGAUGCUUUGGCCGAGUUUCAACACAAUGAGAAUCAAUUAAAGCAGUUGGAGGCCCAGGAGGAUGUGUUUUGGAGGCAGCGUGCGAAACAACACUGGCUACGGGGUGCAAAUACUAACACGAAGUUCUAUCACAGGUAUGCUUCUGCCCGUAGAAAGAAGAAUUUUAUUGCUAGUCUUAAAAAUGAUGAUGGUCAAUGGGUGGAGGGUACUGAUAUGCAUUCGGUGGUAUUGGAGUACUUUAAUAGCAUAUUUACUUCUAAUAAUAUGAGCUGUGAUGAUCCCCUUUUUAAUGAUUUUGCCCCCCGUGUGUCGAAUGAGAAUAAUGAGAUGUUGAAUCAGCCUUUUACGAAAGAAGAGGUAAAAAUAGCGUUGUUUGCUAUGUACCCGGAUAAAGCACCAGGCCCGGAUGGAAUGAAUCCGGGUUUCUACCAGCAUUUUUGGUCUAUUGUGGGCGAAGAUGUGUCUGGUUUUAUUCUGCAUGCUUUGAACUUUGGAAUAUUCCCAGAAAGCCUGAAUGAUACUAACAUAGUUUUGAUUCCUAAGAAGGAGGUCCCGGAGACUGUUGCAGAGUUGAGACCGAUUGCGUUGAGCAAUGUCAUUUAUAGAAUAAUGGCAAAAAUGAUGGCGAACAGAAUGAAGAAUUUGAUGGUUGAUAUCAUCUCGGAAUCACAGAGUGCAUUUAUUCCUGACAGAUUAAUUACAGAUAAUAUCUUGGUGGAAACAGAGGUGGGGCACUACUUGAACAGGAAACAGUGUGGUGUAGUAGGCUGGAGUGCACUGAAAUUGGAUAUGUCUAAAGCAUAUGAUAGGAUGGAGUGGAAUUUUUUGGAAAAAAUGAUGAGGGCGCUGGGUUUUGGUGACAAAUGGGUCAAACUAAUAAUGUUGUGUGUGACAACAGUGAGCUAUACGGUGAUGGUGAAUGGGGAGAGGGAACAGAUAACAGGUUCUAUUCAUGGAUGUAGAGUGGCAAGGGGUGCUCCUCCGGUGUCCCAUUUAUUCUUUGCGGAUGAUAGUCUGCUUUUCUUUAAAGCAAAUAUUCACGAGGCUAAUGUUAUUAAAAAAUGUUUGGAGAGGUAUGAGAAGCUUUCUGGACAGGUGGUGAAUUUUAACAAGUCAAAUAUAUGUUUUAGCCGGAAUACCCAACAUAUGGCUAGAACGCAGGUGGCAAGCUGUCUCGAGGUAGUGCAGGCAAAUAAUUUUGGGAAAUAUCUGGGCCUCCCAUCAUUUGUGGGCAGAAAUAAAAGAGCAGUUUUUUCCUAUGUGGAGGGAAAGAUCAGGCAGAGGAUUGGAUCGUGGAGCACAAAGUUAUUGUCUCAGGCUGUUUGCCAAUCCAUUGAGAGAGCCAUGAAUAGAUACUGGUGGGGAAGUGGGAAUGAUAGGGGAUACAUUGGAAGGCAUGGGAUAAAUUAUGUAUCCCCAAAGAAGUUUGGUGGUCUGGGUUUCAAGGAAUUGAGAGCUUUUAAUCUGGCUAUGUUGGGCAAGCAGGCGUGGCGUUUUUUGACAAACCCAGAUUCGCUGGUCGCAAGAAUAUAUAAAGCCAGGUAUUACCUCACUUCUAGUUUUGUUGACGCUACUAUUGGUAAUUGCCCAAGUUUUUGUUGGAGAAGUAUAAUGGCAGCACAUCCAAUAGUGGUAGCUGGGAUAAGGCGCAGGAUUGGAAAUGGUGAGACAACUCUGAUUUGGGGACACCCAUGGCUCCAGGAUAAUCCAAGCCCCUUGGUACAAACAAUUAUGCCUGAAGAGUUAAGAGAAGCACGAGUAGCAGGUUUGAUAGAUUCACAAACACGAACAUGGGAUCCACAUAUAUUAUCUGAUUUAUUUAUCCCUGAGGAUGUGAGCAGAAUAGUUAAAAUUCCUGUUAGUCCUGAUUAUGAUGAUUCAUGGUACUGGAUGGGUGACCCAAAAGGAAUUUAUUCAGUAAAGAAUGCCUACAGGCGUAUUAUUGGUGAUUAUGAGAACAACCCAGGUGAUUUUGAUAAAUGGGUUACAGUGUGGAAAUUGAAAGUACCACCAAAGUGGAAGACUUUUUUAUGGAGAGUAGUAUGUGAUAUUUUACCCACUACCACGAAUUUAAUUAAUAAGAGGGUAGAGAUUGACCCGGUUUGUCCUAUGUGCAUGAUGACUAAUGAAGAUGUGUUGCAUGCGUUAGUAUAUUGUGAAUAUUCUGUAUUAGUUUGGAGUAUAACACGAUUACCCAUCACAAACAUUGUUACAGAUUCGUUUGCAGCAUGGCUAGCUGGGGCUAUGGUGAUUUUAACAGAGGAGCAAACACAGCUAUUGGUGGGUGUUUUGUACAAUAUUUGGAGAGGCCGCAAAGAGGCCAAGUCACGGCCACAGGCUAUUGUGAAGGGGCCGGCGGUUUUGCUCGAAACAUAUGGUGGGGUGCACGGCCGAGCCAAGCAAGGAGGAGUACAGCGCCACUCUGAACCGGAGUUGCCAGAUUAUCACAUGCGAUGCUAUAUAGAUGCGGGGUAUCGGCAGGAAACCGGGGAGGCUACCUAUGGGAUUGUGUUAUUAGAGCCUGGAGGCUCGUUUGUGGCAGCAAAGAAUGGAAAAUCACCCUCUUGUUUUUCACCACUCAUGGCGGAGGCUAUGGCUUUUAAAGAGGCACUGUCCUGGUUAGUUGAAAGAAGUAUCAAUUCGGCCAGUCUGCUCACGGACUGUAUGGAACAUUCUAAGUAUUGGGAUUCUAUCCCGCAUGAUGCUAUUAUGGCGUUCUUUAAUUAA